AUGAGCAAAAAGGUGAAAGAGACGGAGGAGGAGGAGGAGGAGGAGGAGGAGGAGGAUGAGAAGCAAGGGGCAGGGAGAUUAACAUUGGGGGAGGAUGGUGGUGGUGGUGGUGGUGGUGGUGGUGGUGGUGGUGGUAUUGGCGACAAGAUUUUCAAUGGUAAUUGCAUAAUCAUGCAGUUUGAAUCGUUCAUUGGCAUUAAAGGCAUUAGUGGGGCGCUGGCAAUCAUCAUUCACCAUGGGAACAUCAACAAUGUCAACUACACCAAGGCUUUCAUGCUGGCCAACGUACAGGAAGAGAGCACCAUCCCACAAAAAAAGCCGGCGAUCAAGAAGAAGAAGAAGAAGUAGAAGUAGAAGAAGAAGUAGAAGAAGAAGGAGGAGGAAGAAGAAGAAGAAAAAAGAAAGAAAAGAAGAUGUAGGAAAAGAAGAAGUCGACACGAAGCUAGACGCCGUUUAAAGAACAAUUUGUAUUUCUAUAAUCCUCUUUAA